AUGGAUGGGGACGAACAUGACCUUUUUCACGCCAGACGGGCUUUUCGACGCCAGAACUCGUCGCUACUGCCGGGAAACAGCUACGAACAAGCGCCGCAAGACGAUCAUGAAUUCCAGAAUCUCACCCCUUCAACAGAAUGGACCGAAGAGCCCGUCACUGGAUUGAACAUUUCAGGCUUGUCGAGGCCAGUCAAGCGUGUCCCGGUCGGCUCGAAAGGUCCAUCUUUCACGAGCACAGAUGCUUCCACAAGUACCGUGGCAGCGCCGGAUUCCCUGGUGUUAGGCCCUGGCCGUAGCAGUCCUUACCAACACACCACUUCCCCGGCCGAAGAUGCGAAAUCGUUUAGGUCACAUCGAUCAUCGUAUAGCCGACUCAAUCAACAGACCUCCCAGGAUUUCUCUCCGGAAGCCGGACUCUUGCACACUCACACCAGGGUCGACGAGAAUUGUCCCACCCACGGCGACAUCUUGACCAGCCCAUGGUCGUGGUGGACCAUAUCCAUAUUGGCACUGGCAGUCUACUCGACAGUAUUCUCUGGCGUGUUUCUUGGAAUCGCGUUUGCGAAACCUCGAUGGGGCCAACGAAUCGGCACCAACGGCCACCUCACCUUUGGGAACGCCACUCUUCUGUCGGCGCUCCUGUCAAAGACGGUCGAGUUGUCCUUUGUCACCAUCUUCGUGGCGCUGCUCGGACAAAUUCUGAGCCGGCGUGCAUUUGCAAAGACCGAGAAGAACAGCGGUAUCAGCAUCGCGGAAAUGACUAUGAGGUCGUGGGUCAUGCAACCCGGAACCCUGAUUACGAACUGGAUUGUAGUGAGAUACGCUGCCUCGACCGUCCUCGGUAUCAUGGUCUUGGUCGCUGUCUUGGCGGCGACCUUCUACACCACUGCCGCCGAAGCGUUGGUGGCGCCCAAGCCCAAGUUUGGACCUCUGGAAGAUCGAACCCUCUGGGGUCAAGUGGCCGCGUCGUACGCCAACUCGAUCUACCUGGCCCAGAGCUGCGAAACGCCGGUCCCCGAAGAUCCAGACCCAGACGGCGUCGGUCCGCAUCCCGAGGGCGAUACGUGUCUCCAGAUCGACUACGCGGGCCAGAGCUUCCAUAACUUCAAGACAUUCAUGUCGGAUUGGCGCGAAAGGCUGAACGUCGGCAACACAAGCUCAGACCCGAGUUCGAUCUACGGCCGGCCUGCACCGGUGGCGACGUUGUUCGACAAUACGACCGUCCAGGGGCAAUGGGUCACCCCCAGUCACGAAAACAUCACGACCGACUCACAGCGCUGGGGAAGGCUCGUGCAGAAUGUCACCCUGGCGAUGCCUCACACAAAUCUGUUCAAUGCUGCUCGAGAUCCCAAGAACCACAUUCUACAGCCAGAGGAUCUUCAGGGCAACGGAGAGUACUUUAUCCAGGCCGCUAUCCCGGCACCCCUGAUCAAUGUCUUGUGUGUCGGUAUGUCCACUGCCGAGCUGGCGCCCCUGAUCGUCAAUGUGUCGAGUAUCGCGAACCCAGAGACAUAUUUCCCACGUCCCACCGCCGUCGAUGACAUAUUCAAUUUCGGGGACACCGGCCCGUACAAUGGUGUUCAGCAAGCACCGGUCUUCUCCAAACUGCCCAUCGAAUACAACACGCUGGGGUUUAUCUCCCAGCAAUGGGGGUACUAUUCUAUUUACGUCCUCGCAGCACCUCCGCCGGUGGACAAACGAGCCUUCCCGACCGAUGACUACGUCCUGUGCUCUGUCAAAUCCGCCCAGUAUCGCAACUGUACCACGUACUAUCGCGUCGCCCAGUCCGGCGGCCAGCUGUCGGUCGAGUGUGACAAGAGCCCGGGCAAUACGCUCCCUUACGUCAAAGCGGUCAAGGAUGCGGUGAUCGGGAACUGGGAUGCAGACUGGAAAGACGUCGGCUCGGAAUGGCUGCGGUCUCUGUCGCUCACCGCGGGAAUCAACGACGCCAAUGCUUCGAGCGCCCGCCUGCUCAGCCAGAUGAUCCCCGCGUACUCGGAGGGCCAGCCUACGUUCUUGACAUCCGACAUGCCGACGAUCGGCGAGGCCCUGGCCGUACUGGCGGGCGAAACGGCGCUUUUGUCGUCGUCGAACUCGCCGUUCGUGCACUUCUGGAACUACUCGGUGGCGAUCCUCGACGAGCCGCAGUAUCAGAACUUCAAGGCGCGGGUGAGCUACAAGGACUACGCAUCGGGCGGCACGCAGACGUGGCAGAACCUGUUUUACGUUAUCCUCGUGGCCGUGUUCCUGCUCAGCAGCUUCAGCCUCGUCUACCUGCUGUGGACCUUCUGCCUGCUGGGCCGCGUGACGGACUACACCGAGCCGCAGAACAUGUUUGCGCUCGCCAUCAACUCGCCACCCUCCAACACCAUGUCGGGUACCUGCGGCGCCGGGCCGAGCGGAGGUCUGUUGGCCAAGAAGUGGCAGGUCGACAUGCAGACGGCCGGCACGGGCGCGACAACUCCCCGGGACCGGAGCCAGCAUCCCCAUUUCUACGUGCGGUGUCGCGAGGACGGCGUCCCGGUUGGCAAUUCGAGCUCACGGAGGAAGCGCCGGAGUCGGCCGGCCACCAUCACCUCCUUCACCGUCGCCGAGUCCCCUGCUGUCGAACAGUAUAUGCGGCUGGCUGGGAAGCCUUGA